GGCAAGCAUUGAUGCAAAGAGACCUGUGCAAACAGGUAAAAGAGAAGGAAAGAAAAACUGACACAGAAAACGAGAGGAGAACGACUAUCCAAGGAACAAUACAGAAACAAAAGAAAAGAAGUAAAUAUCUUUGUUUUGCACACGACAGAAGGUUCAGUUCUAAAGCAACUCUUACUCUUCCCAGGAGAAUCCAGCCAAAAGGGCAACCAAUCAAAGGUGGUGAGUGUGGAAACAGCUCUACUUUUAUUUCACUUCAACAUAUUCUUCUGUUAAUAUUCAAAUGCCUGGAGUGUGGGAAAAGUUUCAUUGAGGAAAGAGCCCUUAAUGAUCAUCAAAAAACUCACACAAAAGAGAAAUGCUUUAAAAACCUACAGUGUGGAAAAGGUUUCAUUGAGGAAAGAGCCCUCAUUCCUCAUCAAUCAACACAAACAGAAGAAAAAAUAUUUAAAUGCCUGGAGUGUGGGAAAGAUUUUGAUCAGAAGAUACAACUCUCUUGUCAUCAAACAACUCACACAGGAGAGAAGCCCUUUAAAUGCCUGGAGUGUAGAAAAAGCUUCACUGGGAAGACACAACUCACAUAUCAUCAAAAAAUUCACACAGGAGAGAAACCCUUUAAAUGCUUGGAGUGUGGAAAAGGUUUUGCUCAGAAGGCACACCUCUCUUCUCACCAAGCAACUCACACAGGAGAGAAACCCUUUAAGUGCCUGGAGUGUGGAAAAGCUUUCGCUCACAAGACAGACCUCACUCGUCACCAAGUAACUCACACAGGAGAGAAACCCUUUAAAUGUCUGGAGUGUGGAAAAGGUUUCAUUCGGAAGACACACCUCUCUUCUCACCAGGCAACUCACACAGGAGAGAAACCCUUUAAAUGCCUGGAGUGUAGAAAAGGCUUCACUGGGAAGACACAACUCAAAUAUCAUCAAAAAACUCACACAGGAGAGAAACCAUUUAAAUGCCCGGAGUGUGGAAAAGCUUUCGCUCAGAAGAGAGACCUCACUCGUCACCAAGUCACUCACACAAGAGAGAAACCGUUUAAAUGCCUGGAGUGUGGAAAAGGUUUUGCUCAGAAGGCACACCUCUCUUUUCACCAAGCAACUCACACAGGACAGAAACCCUUUAAAUGUCUAGAGUGUGGAAAAGGUUUCACCCGGAAGAAAGAUCUCACUCGUCACCAAGUGACUCACACAGGAGAGAAACCCUUUAAAUGCCUGGAGUGUGGAAAAGGUUUCGUUCAGAAGACAGACCUCAAUAGUCACCAAGCAACUCACACAGGAGAGAAACCCUUUAAAUGCCUGGAGUGUGGAAAAGGUUUCGUUCAGAAGACAGACCUCACUAGUCACCAAGUAACUCACACAGGAGAGAAACCCUUUAAAUGCCUGGAGUGUGGAAAAGGUUUCACCCAGAAGAAAGACGUCACUCGUCACCAAGUGACUCACACAGGAGAGAAACCCUUUAAAUGCCUGGAGUGUGGAAAAGGUUUCACUCAGAAGACAGACCUCACUAGUCACCAAGCAACUCACACAGGAGAGAAACCCUUUAAAUGCCUGGAGUGUGGAAAAAGUUAUAUUAGGAAGGUACAGCUCACCUAUCAUCAAAAAACUCACACAGGAGAGAAACCCUUUAAAUGUCUUGAAUGUGGAAAAGGUUUCACUCGGAAGACACACCUCUCUUCUCACCAAGCAAUUCACACUGGAGAGAAACCCUUUAAAUGCCUGGAGUGUGGAAAAGGUUUCACCCGGAAGACAGACCUCACUCAUCACCAAGUGACUCACACAGGAGAGAAGCCCUUUAAAUGCCUGGAGUGUGGAAAAACUUAUAUUAGGAAGGCACAGCUCACCUAUCAUCAAAAAACUCACACAGGAGAGAAACCCUUUAAAUGCUUUGAAUGUGGAAAAGGUUUCGCUCAGAAGAGAGACCUCAAUCGUCAUCAAGUAACUCACACAGGAGAGAAACCCUUUAAAUGCCUUGAAUGUGGAAAAGGUUUCACUCGGAAGACACACGUCUCUUUUCACCAAGCAACUCACACAGGAGAGAAACCCUUUAAAUGCCUUGAAUGUGGAAAAGGUUUCACUCGGAAGACACACCUCUCUUCUCACCAAGCAACUCACACAGGAGAGAAACCCUUUAAAUGCUUGGAGUGUGGAAAAGGUUUCACCCGGAAGACAGACCUCACUCAUCACCAAGUGACUCACACAGGAGAGAAGCCCUUUAAAUGCCUGGAGUGUGGAAAAACUUAUAUUAGGAAGGCACAGCUCACCUAUCAUCAAAAAACUCACACAGGAGAGAAACCCUUUAAAUGCCUUGAAUGUGGAAAAGGUUUCGCUCAGAAGAGAGACCUCACUCGUCAUCAAGUAACUCACACAGGAGAGAAACCCUUUAAAUGCCUUGAAUGUGGAAAAGGUUUCACUCGGAAGACACACGUCUCUUUUCACCAAGCAACUCACACAGGAGAGAAGCCCUUUAAAUGCCUGGAGUGUGGAAAAGGCUUCACUUGGAAGACACAACUCACACGUCACCAAGCAACUCACACAGAGAGAAACCAUUUAAAUGCCGGUAAACAGCGUUCCGUGUAAAUAUACUUGCCACACGAUCACAGAGUUGUUUCUGUCAAUGCUUGUUCUUUGCUUUGUAACAGACAUGAGG